UCUCGGGCCCUCAGGCGGAGCGGCGGGCGCCGGACCCCAGGUGGAGCGACAGGUCUCGGGCCCUCAGGCGGAGCGGCGGGCGCCGGACCCCCAGGUGGAGCGACAGGUCUCGGGCCCUCAGGCGGAGCGGCGGGCGCCGGACCCCCAGGCGGUGCGACAGGUCUCGGGCCCCCAGGCGGGGCGGCGGGCGCCGGACCCCCAGGCGGAGCGACAGGUCUCGGGCCCCCAGGCGGAGCAGCGGGCACCGAGUCACCAGGCACGACAGUGGGCUCCGAGUCAACUGGCAUGACCGCUGGCACUAGCGGGCAUCGGGUCACCAGGCAUCAGGUCAUUUGGCUCGACAGCGGGCACCGUGUCAUCUGGCAAGGCAGUGGGCUCCGAGUCAACUGGUAUGACCGCGGGCACUGGAGCGGGCAUCGGGUCACCAGGCAUCAGGUCAUUUGGCUCGACCUCGGGCACCGCGUCAUCUGGCAAAGCAGUGGGCUCCGAGUCAACUGGUAUGACCGCGGGCACUGGGUCAGACAUUGGAUCGUCUGACUGGACAGCGGGCAUCGGGUCACCAGGCAUCAAGUCAUUUGGCUUGACAGCGAGCACCGCGUCAUCUGGCAAGGCAGUGGGUUCCGAGUCAACUGGCAUGACCGCGGGCACUGGGGCAGACAUUGAAUCGUCUGGCUGGACAGCGGGCAUCGGGUCACCAGGCAUCAGGUCAUUUGGCUCGACAGCGGGCACCGCGUCAUCUGGCAAGGCAGUGGGCUCCGAGUCAACAGGCACGACAGUGGGCACCGGGUCAUCAGGCAUUGGAUCGUCUGGUUCGACAGCGGGCAU